AUGAUACAGUUCUCGCAUUUGCAAGUGCAUCAACGAAUUCAUACUGGUGAAAAGCCAUAUAAGUGCAAGUUCUGCGAUAAAAGGAUGAGCCAAAAAAGCGAUCUAAAUCGACACCGGAGAACGCAUACUGGUGAAAAGUCGUAUAAGUGCCAGUUCUGUGAUAAAAUGAUGGCUCAAAAAUGCGAUAUGCUGAAGCAUCAAAAAACACAUGCUGUUGGACAGUUCAUGAAUGUAACUGCUGUGAAUACUGAUGCUCUGAUGCUUUCACAAUAA